AUGGUCAAGCUAUCUGAAAUCAACCGCACAGCUGCCAUCUCGUGGUCUCAAGGCUCCUUGCCUCUUCUGGCUACCGGUACCCUUGCGGGAGCUGUUGAUGCUGAUUUUUCGUCCUCUUCGGCUCUAGAGAUUUGGGAUGUUCUUGAUCCAUCCAAGAAGGAACCUGUUGCACAGGAUUCUGUGUCCAACAGAUUCCAUUCUCUGACGUGGAGUGCCCCUUUUGAGAAUUACGACAAUGGCUUAUUGGCGGGCGCUUUUGAGGAUGGCAAUAUACUUCUUUGGGAUGCUGCUAAGUUCAUAUCAUCUUCUAGCCUGCAGUCUUCGCUGGUCCACGAGUGCAAGAAGCACACAGGUCCGGUGAAAACCCUGGCUUUCAAUCCAUUGCAGAGCCAUGUACUGGCUUCCGGUGGGUCUAGAGGUGAAAUUUUUAUCUGGGACACCAAGAAACUGUCUCCAGCUAUGUCUCCAGGGAAGGCCAUGUCACCAUUAGACGAGGUGACCUCCAUUGCCUGGAACAACUCUAUGAGCCACAUCUUUGCCUCGGCCGGAAAUACUGGUUAUGGUUCCAUCUGGGAUCUGAAAGCCAAGAAGGAGGUGCUGCACUUGUCGUACACAGGUCCUUCUGGAAGGGCCAAUUUGACUUCAAUUGCAUGGCACCCAACCCAGAGCACAAAGCUGGUGACAGCCUCUGAUUCCGAUGGUACUCCUGUGAUUUUGACCUGGGAUUUGAGAAAUUCCAAUGUUCCAGAAACAAUCAUGACUGGCCACAAGAAGGGAGUCUUGUCUUUGGAUUGGUGUAAACAGGACCCUGAACUUUUGCUUUCGAGUGGAAAGGACAACUCCACCUUCCUUUGGAACCCAGUGAAGGGAAUCAAGCUAGGAGAAUAUCCAUCGUUGCCAAACUGGGCUUUCGAAACAAGGUUUGCUCCUAAAUUGCCGGAAGUCUUUGCAACUGCCUCGUUUGAUAAGAAAAUCACGAUACAAUCUUUGCAAGAUACAUCACCACCAGUCUCUCAGCAGGUGAAUGCUACUUCGGAGGUUGACUUCUGGAGUGAGAUUUCUCACACAGAGACCCAACAACCCGAGUUCACUGUUAAACAGGCACCCAAGUGGUUGCAAUGUCCUGUCGGAGCAUCUUUUGGGUUUGGUGGAAAGAUCGUUGUAUUCUCCCCAAAAGACGGAAAGAGCUCUGUGAAAAUAGAGAAGUACGCGAAAGAUGAAAAGCUGGACGAAUUUGUCACAAAGUUGAGUACAGCCUUGAAGGAUGGCGAUUUCAAUGAAUUGUGCUCAGAGAAGGAGACUACUGCUGCAGGUAGCAAAGACUGGAAGUUAUUGAAAGAGUUGCUUGAGGUCGGAAAGCUCGAAUUGCUUAAAAAGAAGAUUGCUUUGGAACCAGUCAAGGACUCAAUUAAUGGUAAUUCGGGAGAGGAAGACAAAGUUGCGGUUAAGGCACCUGCCGAGACUGACGAUGACUUUUUCUCGUCUCUUGGAACCACCACAGAAAGUUCAUUCAUUCCACCAACUACUGAAUUCACAAUCGAUGGCGCCUUUAAGGUCUUCGAAUCAGAUGAAUCAGAUGCUGUGAAGGAGAUUAAGCUGGACAUACUGAAGGGCGACUUGGACAAGGCUGUUUCUUUGUGUGUCAAGGAUGACAAGAUAAUGGAAGCUUUGGUUCUCUCACUUGUUGGCUCUGAAAAUGCAAAGAAGGCUGCAAAAGAUGCUUACUUCAAGAAGUACGCCGAGAAAUCUUCGCUUGCCAGGAUUCUGUACAGCGUUUCUAACAAUGAUCUUAGCGACGUCGUUAAGAACGGUGAUCUCAAAAACUGGAAGGAGAUCGCUUCGGCUAUUGUUGCUCACUCCUCUGGAGAGUCGUACAGCACUUAUUUCGUUGAGAUUGGCGAACGCCUGAUUGCCUCCGAUAUCGAAGAUGCUCGUGAAAUCGCGAUUUCGUUCUUUAUCGCUGCAGAUGCUCUGGACAAGGUUUCUGAGAUAUGGUUGUCUGAGCUCAGCAAUAUUGAAGCGUCGUUCUUGAAAUCGUCCGAGCAAGGUGCUAGCUCACCAGCAGAUGCUAGAUUUUUGGCUCUCAGAGAAGUAGUUGAAAAGGUGAUGGUUUACAGGUCAAUUUCGAAGGAUGUCCGCAAGGCUGAUGGCGAAGGAUUGAAGUCUUUGACAGAUGCUUACUUGGAGUUCUCCGACUUGCUUUCAACUUAUGGUCAUUAUGACCUUUCUCUGAAACUUUUGGGUCUGAUCCCUGAAUCUGCAGAAGUUAAACUUGCAAAGCAACGUCUGACCAAGGCCACAAACGUGCCGGUGACUCAAACAUCUCGGAAUGUUGGAUAUGGAGCAAAGUCCAAGGCAUCGUACACGAUUCCUUCGGCCAAUGCGAAGGCUGCGUCGACUUCAGCUUAUACUGCUCCUCGUGUGCAAUCUCCAGCGAAUGCUUUUGUCCCAGUGGCUCAACAGAGCUACGGUGCUCCUCAGGGUUACCCAUCUUAUCCUCAACAACCGGCUGCAUUCUCUGCUUCGCCAGUACCUGCCAAGCCUGCUUUGCACAACCCUUACCUUCCAAGCGCUCCAAUGAACGCACUUGAAAGUCUGAAGGCCCAACCAGCGAAAUCGGUUUCAUCACCACCUCCACCUGCUCUUGGUGUAACUUAUCCGCAGUAUGGAUACCAGGCAGGAGCAUCGGCCACCCCACCACCACCUCCAAAGUCUUCGAUCAAAAGGGAUGCUGGCGGCUGGAAUGAUUUGCCUUCACACAUCGCAACUGCACAGCCACGCCGCACUCCAGUUGCUACCCCCGCAGCUUCAUCUGUUUACGACUACCAGCAGGUACAGGCAAAUAGCCAGAGCCAAACCCAACCUCCUGUGAGAUCGGCGUCUCAGCCAAUGGUGGUGCCACCUCCACCCAGGUCACUGAGUCGCCAGAACACGACUAACUCUCCUGCGGCAGCAGGAGCAGCGGUAGCAGCAGCAGCUCCACCAAAGCCAACUGCCCCACCGGCAAGACCUUCCAAUAGGUAUGCUCCCCCUCCCCAGUUGCAGUCAGAGCUGCCAGCGGCGACCGGAUCCAAUGGGAAUGGAGUGCCAUCCUCUCCAGUGGUCGCUGCCCCACCGAAUCCGUAUGCUCCAAGACAGCAGAAGCAAGAAACUGGAAACAGCUUUUCUCUUCCACCUCAGCCAAUAAGCUAUAACAAUCAGGUACCGCUAUCUCCCACUUCGUCGGUGGCCCCACCACCACCAAGGAACCCAUAUGCUCCAAGGCAACAGGAAACUGUCAUUGCCGAUAAUUCUGGGUUUGCGCCACCUCCUCCUCAGACCUUCACGCCUCCAGCAUACCACCAUGCCGCCCCGCCACAGGCCAGGGAAGAGGUUCCACCACCUCCCCCAUCGAAGAAGAAGUUCCCAGCUGGAGACCGUUCGCAUAUCCCAGUCAAUGCGUUGCCUAUCUUUGAGAUCUUGGAUGCCGAACUACAGAAGGUCAAGCCCAAGAUUCCAGAGAAGUACGCUAAGCAGGUGACGGAUGCUGAGAAGAGGCUAAACAUUCUUUACGAUCACCUCAACAACGGUGAUCUGCUUUCGGAGCCAACUGUGGCCGGAUUGGUGGAGUUGUCAAAGGCUCUUGCUAGCGGUGACUAUGCCACUGCGCAAGCCAUACAGACCGAUAUCGCAACCAAUCAUGUUGACGAGUGCGGAAACUGGAUGGUUGGAGUCAAGCGCCUCGUUACCCUAACUUCGAGGUCUCAAUGA